ACCUCUAUAUUACGCUACUAAUUGCCGAAUCAUUGUAUACAUAGUGAUACGCUUAAUGAUGGCAUCAACUCAUACAAGGACGUUAAAUAAAUAAUACCCCAAAAUCACGAGCUAUACUGACAACUGCGGAACAGAACGCGUCUCAGAACAGAAUAAUCCUGUGUUGAUGUUGUUUUUUGUACGAAGUCUAUUUCCUGAUAAGAAUAAUCAUUCGAAAUAGGGGUGUUCUCUUAAAGUUCAUCGCUGUUGGAUUGCAAAUUUAUCAGUAUGUAAUGUGUUGUUCAACUGUCUGCCAUUUUAUGAGGGUAACCUGAUAGGGGUUCAACCCAGGUUUAUAUACCGAGAAAAUACCAAAAUGCGAAGAAAAUUAAUGUUUGGAAUAUCGAAAUGAAACUGAUCAUUAUCAUGCUUGAACUGUUCCUCAAAGAAGUGAAUUAUAUGCUAACUGUAACCACAAUUACAUCGUGAACCUAGAUGUAUUUUACGUCGUGCGGUUUCAACUGCGAAAUAUACCGUCGUGAAGAUCAAAUAUUGGACUGAAAAUGGAGAUCGAGGCAAUCGGAUUUUUCAUCUGUGUCAUCUUUAUCCUUCUAGACCAGUCAUCUGCAAGUCGUGUAAUCAGUAACAUAGACCUUGAUGAGGACGAAGAAAUAGAAAUGACUUCGCCAGGCUAUCCCGAUAAUUUCGAUCUCAACGUCGACUACCUGCUCCUUGUCUCAACAAGUCGCGGACGAAACAUCCAUGUCGACUUCACCGAAGUACUCCUCAGAGAAAACCUCGAUUUCAUCUACGUCGGCGAUGGCAGUAGCAUUGACGAAACGACUGUCAACCUCAAUCUAACCGGGCGCGAUCCAGUAUCGACCAGUGUCGUAUCGCAUAGCAAUGACCUCUGGAUAUGGUUUACUUCCGGGGGACAGGGGGAUAUCCUUGCAGAAAGACGGUUUAAGUUUGAAAUGAAAGAGACUCGACGAAUCUCUCUUGAUGGGAUUAUUUCCGCGCAAAUAACAUCCAAAAAUUAUCCUUCGGACUACCCAGACGACUGCCACCAACUGUGGUUCGUGUCCUCCCCGAGUGGGUCCCGAAUUCGAAUCCAUUUCACCGACUUCGCCACGGAGAAGGAGGCGGACUACCUGACGAUCGGCACCGACUGGGAAGCUGUGGGCAAUGGCGCGAAUGUCCUGGUGCGGUACUCGGGAGAAUUUAUUCCCGAUGACGUCAUCACACCGGUCGGAGAUGUUUGGAUUAAGAUGGUGACGGACGGACGGACAGAUGACGACGGUUUUAAGAUGACGCUUCAAUCAACGAAGCUAGAACCUACACUUUACAAUUUUCUUCCCGGGUUUCAAAACUUUAACCUCAUUUCACCCGGAUAUCCCGACUCCGAGUAUCCGAAUGACGCGGAUAUAUCCUGGAUAAUAACAUGCGAACCGGAAUUCAAGUUGCUUUUCAUAUUCGACAAGCUGGACACGGAAUGGAGAUCUGAUGCCUUGACACUCGGCAGUGGGACCGAUCCGGAUGAUGUCUCAACAAUGCUGUAUGAGUUUUCCGGUGGGGCUGACGGAGAAGUAGCUUUGACCGAUUUGAAUGAGAUGUGGGCUAGGUUUACGACCGAUUGGUUGGUGAAUUACGACGGAUUUUCUCUCCAGAUAUACACCGUGGAGAAAGGUGCUGAGGAAAGACGAAACAUAACACUCACAUCGGAGGGACAAGCCAACAUCUUUUCCCCAGACUUCCCCGGAGAAUAUCCUUCUGAUUCUGACGAAGUUUGGACCAUCACCACACCCAACAAUCACCUCACUGUCAUUCACUUUGAGGUAUUCGCCUUAGAGGGCGUUCGGUAUGAUUCGCUAACUAUCGGAACUGGUCGGCAACCCUCGGGCGAUGAGUCGGUAGUGAUCGGCACCUUCGGCGGAAGCGCGAUACCCGAUGAUAUCGAGUCGGAUAGUCCGAGUAUCUGGCUCCGAUUUGUCAGUGAUAUUUCGAUUACUGAUAAAGGAUUUUGGAUUGUAGUAACUACAAAUGUUAUUGAAGCGACGUCACCUCAAGUGAGCACUACUUCUAAACAAGAAACCCGUUCAAGUCUUGAUCCUCGAGCAACGACAGAAGUGACGACGGCGAAUCUUUCAACAGCUCCGACCCUCUACUCAUCGACAAAUCCGACAUCGCCUCCAUAUCCGACUCACACUCAAACAGGAGAACCCGCAAUCCCUCCAUCCGAAAAUCCAGCUACUGCCCCAAGAACCAAGCCAACGCAAAGGACACCAUCUGAAGAACCCAGUUCGACUCGUAGUCCAGCGCCCUCUACGAGCAGUGACGGAAGCAUGAUGUCGUCUGCUACGGAGUCGAAAUCAAGCUCGACUUCGACCGGGAGUACAGACCCGCUGGUACCCGGAUCAAAUGCCCCACAAACAGAUAACAAGAAAGUUGUUGUGCCUACUGUAAUCAUUUCGAUGUUCAUCCUUGCUAGUGUGUUGUUUCUUCUUAUACUAUGGCAAGUUCGACGAACGAGAAAUUCCCCUCCCCUGGUCGACGAAAAAGAUUUUGACAAAGACGAAAACCUCAACCACUCCAACCCCGCCUACGAAUACCAAACCAUCGACCACAUCGUGCUCAACUCAACCCAUCAAUCGAGAUCGAACGGCGAUGACUCAAUUAAAAAACCUCUGCCACGACCUCCAACCGACAUCAUCGAUGACGACGACGACCACAGGUAUUCGACUUACAUCGAAACGAUGAGUAGGGACGCGAAGCCUGAUUUCGCAUUGUACCAAGGGGAUGGCGAUGUCGAGAAGGAUCACGGUGGCGUGUAUGACGAUAUCGGUAUUGGUCAAAACGAGUACCAUCAGCAUCCGCAUAGUGGAAGUAAUAUAGCUGCAGGUUUGAAUGGUUUUGAUGAUCUUAAUCACGCAGCGAAGUCGACUGACGCGCACGGAGAUAAUGAGGUGUAUCAGGAGAUACCGUACGAUCUCGAUACGACGGAACCACGGCGAUUGGCCGAUGUUGGGGCGGAUAAAACGGAAGGGAGCGAUAUAUCAAAAACGUUACAAAGCGAUUGCGUGGAUGAUGAAAGUUUGAUUAAGAAUGAUUUAUAUAUACCGAUGGAGGAUGAACACGUUUACGAUGAAACACGUGCUGAUACAUGCAUUAGGGAUGGUGCCAAUGUUGGAGGGAGAAAUGAAAUGGAAGAUAAGAUGAGAAAGAACUCUGACGGCGCGGGUGAUGAACUGUAUGACGACACCGCGCCCUUGAGCGAAAAUUUUUACCACAUCGUUAUGAGGAACGAAAGUGACGUCGAGUGCCUCGACGAGCAAAUCCCUACAAAAACCACCCAGUCGGAUUAUGGACGUCAGUCCAGUACGAACAACGGAAAUAGCAACGCGGACGAAAUCCACGAUGACGGCAUCGCAAACGAAUACGCUGAACUAGAAUAUCUUGGUGAUGAUGUUGGGAUGGAGUUCGACCCAGAGUAUCAAAUUGUCGACAGGAAUGAAAGCGAUGCCGAGAAUGAUUAUGAUGACGAAAGACGUAGCGUCGGCGUAAACGGGCUUGGCGAUGACGAUGCAAAUGGUCGUCCCGUCAUUGAUACCGUUAUGGUUGACAAUGAGUUGUACAGACCACUUAAUAGUAAUGUCGAGACCUCAGAACAUCCACAUGAAAAGCGCGAUCCCGAGUAUCAUAUUGUCGACAGGAAUGAAAGCGUUGUCGAGAAUGACUGUGAUGACGAAGGACUUAGCGUCGGCUUAAACGGGCUCGAUGAUGAUGACGCGAAUUGUCAUGACACCGUGGGCACUGCUAUGGUUGACAAUGAGUUGUACAGACCACUUACUAUCAUCGAGACAUCAGGCAAUCCAGAUGAAAACAGUCAGACAUUUCAAAACGAUUCUAUUAUUUAAUAGAAUGAGCAUAAUUAUGAUACAUUGUAUUCUUGAUGUGUAUUUCGUUAACCAUGACACAAAUUGUUCUAAAAAAGGAAUUCGAACUUAGAAGGGCAUUUCGUAUGGAUUUGGCAGGUACGUCGAUAUAAUACACAGGGGUUGACCGAUGAGAGCAAGCCCUAUCACAGGGGAUGCGCUACAAAGGAUGGGUGAAGGGACGAUUGCCCUGUAGUCAUGGGUGGAAAUCUCUCCCAAAAGGUACGGGGGACCAGGGGCGGAUCCAGGAUUUUCCAAAGGGUAUGGGGGCACAUUUCCCCCCGGAAAAUUUGACAAGCAAAAAAAAAAAAAAAAAAAAAAAAAAAAAGCAAAAAAAGCAAAACAAUUUUUUAUCAUGGUUUUCAAAAAGGGGGGCACGAGCCGGAUUUUUUUUUAAUUUAUUUUUUUAUCUGUUUUUUUUUUUUUUUUUUUUUAUAGACGACCACAAAUGCUAGGGGAGACUUAAUUUUGUGUCCACCCCUUUCCAAAUGGUAGGGGGGGCGCGUCCCCCUGUCCCCCUUGUAUUUCCGCCCAUGCCUACAGUUCAUCAAUGAAGUAAUGAAAACAAAAAUAAGAGUAGGAGGAAAUUUAGGAAGAAAAAUAGGAAGAAAGUAGAAAGAAGAUAAUCGAAAGAAAGCUCUGGGCUGUUUUCCACUAGUUAAUUCACAUCACCCUUACAUCAUCUUACUCAUACCCAAAUCAAUAGGGAGUAUUCGCAACAGUUACGCAGUUUUUUCUGGAAAGUAGAGAAUCUAUUGUCAAAUGCCCUUCAUGGCAAUGACGUCUUUGUCGAGGGUCUGUGAAUCGAAACAGCAGUUUCGUCCGUGACUUUGGACAAACCAACAUAUUUGUACUUUUCGUCAGCUCCGAAAUUUAGGGCGAUCUGUGGCAAUUCUCACAAAUAGUUUCGAUUGAUCCAAUCAAUCUUAACUCUAUGGAAACCCAUCAGUGUCACACAUUUUUCUACAGGAAAUUUGCACAAUCUCGUUUGUAAACAAAGAGAAGCACAGUGAAUUUUUCAGAAAACAAUGGAUGCAUGAAUAUACAUCAUAGCUAGAAAAUAUUUUGAACAAACAUGCAUAAUACAUGUUGACGUUGCUGGCCGUCCAUAGUUGCGAUUGAUUGGAUCAAUCGCAACUCUUUGUAAGACGGGGCCCUGCUGUCCCGGUUCACCAAUUUCCGACAAAGACCCCUGAGCUGUCCAUUGUAAUUUCACGGGCAUUUUCAAUAGAUUGAAUCCGUCCCCAUUGUGAUUGUGAAAACUCGCUAAUUUUUCCAGGGUCCCGAAACACAAAGGUUAACAACGAACGUAGAGGGCAUCAACACACAGCAGGGUAAGCAAUUAAUCGUACGCUUGAUUUUUACGAUUGAUUGUACAUUAUAAUCGAUGUAAUCCAUCGUAGAAAAAAAAUUCUACGAUCAUUGCUAAGCUUUGUGUUACGGGGCCUCAGGAGGUCGAUUCUUUUAUAAAUGGGUUCUUUUAUCGUUCCAAAAUAAAAAAUAUAAUCACUUUUUGUAAUUAAUAUACAAUCAUGUUUAAAAGUCAAGUCCGCACAACAACGCGUGGAUUUGAAUAGAAUGAAAACAAUUGAACUGACACAGCACUCAAAGAUUCAUUAAAAUCGAUAAAAGAUGAGAAAAUUAUGACAUUUUCAAGUCAUACUUUAUGUAAGAAAAUAUUUGUAUUAUUGUACAUACACAUGACAGGUGCAAAUGAAAGAGCCCGCGAUGAUAUCACACAUAGAUUAAUUUCAACUUUUAGGUUUGCAUGAUGUGAUAAUGAACGAACUCUUGAUUGAAUUAUAGUAAGUUGGAAUAAUACCGAAUCCGCAUUUUCAAAUCGGAAUGAAUCCAUGUUUGACAUGGCCUAGGAGGAAAAAAAAUGUAUUCAUUUAUAUUUAAUCCCCCAAAAUAAGAUAAUAUCUUAAAGUAAAGAGCUACUUUUUAUAGAAUAUUUAAAGUUGUGUGUGUAUUUUAUUAAAUCUGUAGCUCCAUGAUUCAAA